UGCAAGUCAAAUUAGCUCUCCGUCAUCGUGCUCGCUGAGCGCACCGGAGGCUACUGCGGUAAGAUGCGGCGACGCACUAUGCCCAGCCGCGGAGGAUGAGAUGAUGCGCAAUGGCCGAACGAGUGGGGAGGGAGGGCAUAGACCGAAAUAGGAUUUCACUGUGGUGCUCGGCUCUAAUUUAGACGAUGGGGCAGAAGCGGAUGCAUGUUUGACUCAUUUGUAGUGCUGAAGCGCCAGUGGUGCAGGCCGACUGGAUGGAUGUGGCGGCGCUGAUCCCACUAAAGGAUGCUCCACAGCCCGAGGAGGGGUUGAAUAGGAUCUUUCUGUAAACAACAAGGAAGCAGGGACACAUUAAGUAAAGGACACUUCAUUCAAAGCCUGGACCAGAAACACCGAGGCAUCGAGGGAGGUGAGAGACAAUCAAACCUUUCCUCGGGCAUCUCUUUCUUUCCGGACACGUUGGCUGGAGAUACGGAUUUUCCAGGUUGUUUUAUGACAGUUGAGACUGGCCAACAGAGAGGGCGCUGAAGCUCUGAAGGUGGUUUUCACCGAGCAUCAAUCUGGGAGAAAACAAACUUCUCAUUAUCCUCUCUGUCAUCAGCGCUGACAGCUGGAUGUCUGACCUGGGCGGGUUUUUUUCUCCGCCAGAAGACUCUCAAAGUUAAGGAGCGUUAAAGGGAAAACAGAAGCACAGCUCCAUCUCGCUGUCUGGAAAACGACUUGUUCUAUUUUUCCUUUUUAUUGUCCCAAAACUCAGAUGUUGUCAGAAUAAGCUGCUAAGCGAUUAGCGAGAGAGUCAGCUUUCUCUUGCGUUUUCAAGUAAAUGACUCACUAAGAAAUUCUAUUUCAGCCAUUUCAUAAUGCUUCGUGUAUUUUUUCUAAACUAUGAUAUUUGUACCUUUGAGCUGUCACUCUCUGGAUCAAGAAUAGACUCUUGAUAGUGCCAGUGUUCUCUUUCACAAAUGAGAACUCAACUUGAGCCGACAGGCUGAAUUUUAAUAAAGCAUAAGCGAGGACUAACCGAUAAAACAUAGAUGAGGCCAACAACGAGCAGCAUGCUCCAGCAGAAUAACAACAACAACUACCCCUGCCUGAAUGUGUCAGGCUCCACCAGGGAGAUGCUCCAGAAGUGCUCCCGAGCCUCUUUGCCCUUCCCCAGCCGAAUGGAGCUGGGCCUGGGAGACUUGCCGCUGAUCCGGGGCCUCCGAGCCUGGGCCCUGUGCUCCAAGAACCGCCGGAAGGCUGGUGGUCUGCUGGGUGGAGGACAAGCCCCGACAGCUCCUCCUGCAGGCCGUGGGGGUUCGACUUCCUGCCCCAGGCCUGCAGAUGUGUACCUGAGUGGGGAGUGGGGUCGCAUGGGGUACGGCCUUCCUUUGGGGCUGGAUGCCAGGCAGGCUGGGAUCGGAUCUUUGGUAACAGUUGCCACUCUGAAGACCUCAGAGGGCAGCGGGAAGACACAGACCCAAUGCCUCUUCCUCCGGACUGAGAAAGGGAGCUGUUUGUAUUCCACAGCUAAGCCUAGUUCUGGCGUGACUACCGGUGCAGCCUCCAGCGUCGUUGGGGGAUGGCUAAGAGGGAAGACAGGCGGAGGAGGCAGAGACAUCCCAGCCGGGAAGAGAGAUAAUGGGUCAACUCCGCAGGCACAUACCGGAGUAAACCGGGUUAGGGUGCGAUCUGGCCGGAGAUGGAGGAAGUCUGGUAAUGCAGCAGCCCGGGAGAAAACCGACUCGAACAGAGAGAGGCAGGAGAGUAGCAGGGAGGAUCCUGCUGGAGAAAUCAAUCUGGAAGAAAGGCAGGAAGAGCGAGACAAAGGGGGCCUGGCCGGUAAACAGUCUCCCAGACGGGAGAAAGAGGAAGCGUGCAGAAGUCCUAGAUGCUGCCACAGUGCUGCUCCCGAAACUUGUACUCAGUGUGGAAAGAGAGCACAGAGGAGGGAAAGCCAGGAUGAAUGCGAUGGAGGGGAAAGUCCAAGAAGAGGCGCCUCAAACAGGCUGAACGGUGAGGCGAAAGGAAUGAGGAAGGAGAAGCAAAAUAACGAGGAGGAGGAGGAGAAGGAGGAGAAGGGAGGCAUCUGCGGGUUAGAGUCAUCCAACUCAUUUUUGGCAGAAACAAACCAUGACCUAGAAGCUAAAAACUUUCACCCAGAAUCUCACAGCAGCUGUGAUGUUAAAGAGAUUAGAGAAGCCGAGAGCAACGAGGAGCCAAGGACACAAACUUCUCAAGGCGAAGACGAUUAUUCAGAGAGAGAGCAGGAUACAAACUCCGAGGUUAUGAAAAUGCAUACUGGAAAUAAUAAUUUGGUUCAUAGCCACUCUAAACAGGUGAUUGAUGACAUAUCAUUUCCCUAUCAUGUGGCGGCAGAACAAAAAUCUGUGAAAGAGAUGGAGAGCGUUGAUCUUGAAGAUGAGGAAGGGAGCAUCAAUCAAACUCCUGCUGAAUUCUCCGUUGUAUCCGUCGGGUAUGACGACAUCUCUGUCUCCGCCUGCCCUGUCUCCAUCAGCACUGUAGUCGCCCCUGAACCCUCCGCUCCUGUAGAGAGCAGCACCUGCAAUACAGACCCUGUGAUUUGUGGUGUUCAUAGAGAGCAAGAGAACAGCAGAGAAGAUCACCUCGAGGGCUGUCAACAAGGGGUAGCAGACCCAGGGAUCGUGGGGAAAGAAGAACUGGUUCUAAGCAGAUUUGAGCAACAAGAACCAAACCGUUUGGCUGACGAGAACAACACUGUGAACGAGAGCACAAGCAGAAAAGCCCAGUCUUUCUUUCAAAAUGUGGUUAAACACAGUCAGCCAGAGGAGAGAGAAGCUUCAUCUUCGCCUCUCAGACACGGAGAUCCUUCCAUCUCUGAGAAAGACACGAGGACCGUGACAGGAAACGUUUGCAACUACAGUACAACUGAGCUUAACAGAGCAGAGCGGAGGGAUGAGCUGUCGUGGGAAUAUAGAGAAGAGGAGUCACAGGAAGAGAAUGUAGAGGGGAGAGUAAAUCCUGAGGAAGGGGAUGAAGCUGGGGCAAUUUGGAGGAGGGAGGGCACUUGCAACAAGCUGGACAAUAGUGGUGGUAAAGGCGAUGACGACGUAGAACGACUCACUGCGGAUGACACAAAUGACAGUACCAUACGGGACAUUUAUGAUGAAGAAGCAACGAGAAACUUUGCACUAAAAGACAGCUGGAGGUCAGUGGUUAUGAAUGUAGAUGAAUGCAGGGGAAGGAAGAAAGAGGUCGGAGACACUUGUGGACAAACAAGCAUCACCCAUGUUGAAGCAAAUGGAAAGGCAAGCGCUAACGUCACAAAUGUUGCCUGUGCUGAUCCCUCCACCACUCUUGCACCCUCCCUGGCUAAUCCUGCCCCCUCUUCGCCCCCCCUGGGAUCCAUGGCAACCGGCCUGCCCUGCCUGGAGGCGGUGGAGGAAGAGGAGGAGGAGAAGGAAGGGUUCGGAGUGCCUGCAGGAGACGGAAAAGGAGGCCAGGAAAGGAACGGGAGGUUUGGGAGACAACUGGAGGAGCAGAGCGAGGAGGAGAGGGGCUCCACCGUGGCCACUGAGAAGGGAAGGAACGAGGAGGAGGAGAAGGAGGAAGAUGAGUUUGGAGUAUUCAUGCAGGCGGAGGGAGAGCCGGCCUGGAGCGAGGGACACACCGUGUCUCCCUCAGUGCCUUGUGGGAGAAGAGAAAGUGUUGCACUAGGAAACCAUGCCAUCGCCGGGGAGUCCAACCCCUGGACACUAGGCUGGACGGACAGCUCGUUCCACCAAUCAGACGACACGUGGACAGCCUUUUCUCAGGAUUCGUCAGAUGAAGGUCGAGAUGUGAUGGGACAGUGGUGGCCGACCAGCGCCGUGGAAGGGAGCAGAGACAGCCUCUCGUCCAAUCAGAAUCUGGUAAAGUUCAACUUGUGUUCUCAGCCUCUUCAAAACGUCUUCCGUGAAACCAUGAAGUAGAAAUUCACCCUUCUUUCUGCUUCAAUUGCAUCCAUUUCUCUGAUAAUUCACUGACAAACUCUCUAUGAUUAGUCCGUUUGAAUCAUCAGCAUCGUGUCAUUGUGGCCAACCUUUACUGGCUGGGACUGCCUGGUUUUGACUGCUGUAUCACCGACACGUGAUGUUGAGUGCAAGAGUUAUUUAUGUAGUUUUUGAGCACUCUAUAGAUUAUACGGUGAAAAUGUGGAAAACUGUGUGCACAGAGUGUGCAGCAUUGUACUUCUGCCAGCAUCGUCUUUCAACUGAAUCAUGUUGUGAUGAUAUCAUACAUUCAGAUAUCGUGAUAACAAGGACACUCAAAUUUCUUAGGAAAUCUGAUCAUUUAUCUUCAUCUUAAUUAAAUGAGAAAAUGUUAAGUACUUCCCAUUUGUCAAGUAUCUAAUUCAGACAGGAGUAUCCCAAACCAUGUGGUUAUUUCAUAUGGACUAUUUAUUGAUUCAUAAUAUUGUUAUAUAUAUGAUUAACAAGAUGUGAAAAGACCUAUAUCGUGAUAGAAAAAUGUGCCCAUAUUGCCCAGCUCUAGUUGGAUUCUAAAGAUGGACAGUAUCAAAAUGUAUCAAAAUCGAUGCAGCAGAACCUGUGAUAUUGUCUUUUUUAUUCCAUGCAUUCUUCGAGUUUAGUAAAACCUACCCACCUAUUAUACACAUAAUGCAACUCGACUGGCAAUUGAGGAUUUAUGUGUUAUGCUAGUAGCGGCUAAUGGAGAGAUGAGGAGCAAGCUACCGACGCCGAGACAAGUGAAAGUGAAAUUGAAGACCUGUAAACACAAUUUGGCACACUUUGAUAAACCAAGCAACUGUGCACUCAGUCUACAAAUCUUCAGUCAGCUUUCCAUUCCAGUCCCUUAUUGUUGUCUGCUAUGUCCCUCAUUUAGUCAGGCUGUGUAUAUUUGGCAUAAAGUCUUGAAAUUCCCUUAAGUUAUGGAUCAACUUGAGCUCAACCUGCUUCAUCUGCUGUCCUACAAUUCCCCCAAAUUCCUUGUAAAGUCCCUCAAAAAAGGUGCUUUUUUGUGUAAGCGCACAGUAGCUAGCGUUGUUGAUAGUUUGUGAACAUGACUAGUAGGGCUGCACAAUUAAUCAAACAUUUAUCCAUCACGAUUUUGGAAAUGCUCCUGCUAGAAGAGUAAUAUGUGUGUAAACUGAGUUACUGUUGCCCGUGUAGGGCAAAAUGAAAAGGCCCUGAAUUCAGAAGAAGAACUUUAUUUUAUGUCUAAGAUUAGUACAUUAGCAGGAAUGUUGCACAACAUGGAAGUAGCACAGUGCUCUGUUGUUUUAAAUGCACAAGUGCAUCUAAAACAUGUUUUCCCUAAAAUCAAUUGAGAAUUGUGUUAAAUAACCAUGAUGUCAAUAUUGAUCACUUUUGUCCAGAAUCUAAUUACUAGUUAUUUGACCUGCGGUGUUACAGUGAUUUGUGUUCAAUCACUGUAAGAACAUGUAUCUCUCUGUGAUGGAUUCCUGUUGAAUGUUGAGGCAAAAUGGGGAUUUUAACAAGCUCUUGUUCUUUAUAAUUAAAAAGGUAUAAACAAACCUGGCCUUCACUGUCGAGUGUAAUCUUGUCGCUGGAACUCACCAUCGACAUCCCCAAUUCUUCUUUUAAAGUAACGUUGAUCUCAAAAUCCUAUCACUUUCCCAGAUCUGGGCCCGACCUUUGGUUCAGUCUUUAAAGUACCGAUCUGGCAAAUUGCUUAUAAUUUUGGCCUUUUGCUGGCCUUGUGUUCAUAAAAAACUUCCGCCUUUAGGAUCAUUUUCAGUCUGUUUUUCUAAAAGAUGAGUCAGACAAAAACAGUUUGCAAUUAUUGAUGAUGAGAGUCAGACAGAGAAUCCAAGAGAGCCAGCGGUACCUACACAUCCCCAGGGCACCCAUGUUGCAGGCAGAUUGCUGAAAAAAAGUGUUCCAAAGUAAAAUAUUGCUUUAAUAUUGCUUUAGUAAACAGAUGUGCCAUUCCACUGCAUUUAAUAUACUGUAGCUUCACCCCCUCAGUAAAUAUGACCCACAAACAACAACUGGUUUUAGGUCCACCAGGAGGUUUUUGAGGUUGACUUACUGAGGUUGCUUUAAAAUCUUUGUGCCACUGACAACACAAUGUCCUCACUUGACUUCCAGCUGAGGGCUAAAUGUGUUGACACAGGCUGGCUGCUGGCGUCCAAGGCCCCUGAGGCCCUCAGAGUAAAUCAGUGAAAACGAUAAACAUACAGCAUGUGGAAUAUAGUUUCUGUUUAUAAAUCCAGGCCGUUUUUAUCAGGGCAGUCGUACCCUAAAGGACAGCUACACUGUAUGUUAGCCCAGAUGUGUCUAAAAUAAACUGGUCAUGAAUUAUUUCAGUUCAUUAUUAUUUAUUCAGGCUUAUUCAGGCUCCACUUGAGGCCACUUCUUCGACAUCUGUGGUUCUGAUCGAAACGUCCGUCGGCCUCAGCUGUACUUUGUAUUUGGUGCAAAGUAGCUGCUUGUGUGAUUGUAUCACCGGAUACAAACAUUUAAAACAAAUAGACCCAAAACUAUAUAACCUCCCUGUUCAGAAGUAAUUAUGUUAAUUUCAGUUUCCUGCACCAUCACCAUAGAAACACAGCUCGCCCUGACAUACCCUCAGGGUUGGGUGGCUAGGUUUUCACACUUGAAAUAAUUUUAUUGCUCUCAGUGAUUUUUUUUUCUUUAAAGAUGGUUAAAAAAAAAAAAAAAACAGCAGGAAGAGUCUCCCAGUGCAGAUGAAAGAUGAGCUCAGCGGAAAGCUGCAGUGAAGGAAAUAUGCUUUCAUGUCUUCUGCUUAUAAUGCCAUGAAGAGACCCAUAGGACCCGAGAGCCCCCCACGGGGGGCUGUUUUAGAGUGUGCAGCAUUCAGCGUGUCGU